GGCACAUACUUGCCUUGGAAUUGCCGCCCUGUUCCGGUUUGCAAGAUGGAGCAGCAACAACUGCAAAAGGCGUAUCUCACCUCCCGGAGGACCACGAUGAUUACCGCGCUGGGUCGGGCAGAGGCAUUUGUGGCUGAUUUCGACGAGCAACGCGACCAAGGGCAGGUCGCAAUUCGGCUGGAGUACCUGAACAACAUGUGGACAACGCUGGAGGAGGUGCAAGGGCAGUUGGAGGACAUUGAGUGUGGUGAACAAGGUAGGCAAGUUAAUGCUGACAUUCGUGCAAAUUUUGAACCUCGGCUGUUCCAAAUAAAAGCCGCCUUACUUUCAAAACUACCUGUUCUUAAUCAAGCUCGCAUCCCUGAAUCUUCUUCUUCGCCGUCUUCCGCUCUCGCUGGGUUGAAACUACCUACGAUCUCGCUUCCUGAAUUCAACGGAGAUUACAUGCAGUGGCUAGGGUUUCAUGACACUUUUCUGGCGCUCAUUCAUUCAAAUUCCGACGUUGCAGCCAUCCAAAAGUUUCAUUAUUUGAGAGCAGCUCUGAAAGGUGAAGCGGCUCAGCUCAUUGAAUCCAUUGCGAUUUGCUCAGCGAAUUACAACCUGGCUUGGCAAACAUUGGUGGACAGGUACGCCAAUGAAUACCUGUUGAAGAAACGGCAUCUCCAAGCACUGUUCGAAAUCAACUCGGCUAAAAGGGAAACUGCUGCAUCUCUACAUGCACUGGUGGAUGAAUUCCAGCGUCACACCAAGAUCCUGUGUCAACUAGGCGAACCAACGGAGUCCUGGAGCACCAUCCUAGAACAUCUAUUGUGCACAAAACUCCCUGACGACACGCUGAAAGCCUGGGAAGAGUACGCAUCAACCUCUAGCAACCCGAACUACGACUGCUUGAUCGAGUUUCUUCAGCGUCGUAUGCGCGUUUUAGAGUCCAUUCUGGUGAACCAUCAUCAACCCGCAUCCGUUCCAAACGUGUCAUCUCAUUCUUCCAAAAGGGCUCCCAAUUUCCGUGUAUCAUGUGCUUCUACUUCCAAUUCCGCCUGCAAAUGUCCAGCUUGCAAUCAAGAUCAUCCGCUUAUGAAGUGUGCAAGGUUCAAUCAGCAGUCUCAUUCCGAACGGCUGCGUUUCGUAUCGAGCAAGCACCUGUGUCACAAUUGCCUUAAAAGUGAUCACAUUGCUCGUAAUUGCUCAUCAACUUACAGCUGCAAGCAUUGCCGUAAACGCCAUCAUACGAUGCUGCAUUCCGGUGACGUCACUAGAUCUGUAAACGAUUCGCCUUCCACUCGCACGUCUAUGUCUACGCAAGCUAUCCAGUCUGCUGCUUCAUCCGUUGCGGAAUCAGUUCCCCGAUCAUCCGUCGUAAAUGUUGAAGAGUGUCCCAGAGUCGUUGCCAGUGCCUCCGCUCCACAAUCUCGAGAAGACGUUUUUCUGCUGACGGUACUGGUGAAGGUAGUCGAUGCAUACGGACAAGACCACAUAGCACGUGUUCUGCUCGACAGUGCCUCUCAACCAAAUCUCAUCACGAAUCGUCUGGCACGACGAUUGCACUUGAAAGCGGACUUCUGUGAACGUGACAAUUCAGGGAGCUGGAAAUACUUCAAAGAAAGUGAAGGAAUCAAUCUUUGCUCGAAUCAAAUCGCGGAACGACAGUUUUGA